AUGUCUACUCAUCUUCGAGCAAAUCCCUGGCGUGCCUACCAGAGCCUUGCCCGGCAGCGCCUCGGGCAAUGCCACAGCACAACUAGGUCCUUCACCACAAAACACUCCCUCCGCUCCGCCAACAAUGCCAGCAGCAACCCACUUCAGUCAGCAGCACGCGCAAAGAGCGAGCAGGACUUUGCCAAGUCCAAGCGCUCAAUUGCGCUCUCCGCCGCGGGAAUGGUUAUCUGCGGCGCUGCAAUGUACGGCGUGAUCAAGCUGGAUGUAUUCGGACUGGAUGCCCUGGAGUCCAACAAAGACAAGGCAGCCGAAACAGAGAACAAGUUCGAGGUAACUCCAACAUCAAACAAAUCGAUGAAGUUGGAUGGACCUCCUGGAUUCCCCAGCACAGGCGGACCCUCGGUAAUCCCUCUCCACGGCCAAGACAACGUGGACCAAGUAGCCACAGGAACCAGCACAAUCCCGUUCUUCCCAACAACAAUCCGACUCCCCGCCGCCUCUGAAAUCAACAACAAGCAAACAGGCGACGAACUCUCCACCUCCGACGGCGACGAGUACCAACUCCUCGGCCUGGGCAUCCGAACCGUCUCCUUCCUCUCGAUCCAAGUCUACGUCGUAGGUCUGUACGUCGCCAAAGCCGACAUCACCGAGCUCCAGCGCCGCCUCAUCCACACCGCCGUCCACCCGCCAACCUCAGACGUAACGGCCGUCUCAGGCGUCGGCGUCGACGCAGCAACAUCCCUCGUCUCCCCGGAGCGCCAACAGCUCAAAGCGCUCCUCCUCGACGCGGACCGCGGCGACGCAGCCUGGACUGCCCUGCUCAAGGAACCCGGAAUCCGCACCGCCUUCCGCAUCGUGCCCACCCGUAACACGGAUUUCAUGCACCUGCGCGACGGCUGGGUGCGUGGGAUCACGGCGCGCGCGCAGCAGAAGAAGGCUCUGCCUGGGACGGCGGCGGCAGGCGAGUUCCAGGAUGCGGAGUUUGGGACGGCGAUGAAUGAUUUCAAGGCUGUGUUUGGUGGUGGGCAGAGGAAGAAUGUGCCCAAGGGUCAGACGUUGGUGUUGUUGCGUGGGGCGCAGGGGGCGAUGGACGCGCUGUUCCAGCCGGAGGCGACGAAGCCGAUGCGGUGGAUGGGGCGGGUUGCCGAUGAGCGGGUUAGUCGGCUUGUUUGGUUGAAUUAUUUGGCUGGGAAGACUGUUUCGAGCGAGGGGGCGAGACAGAGUAUUGUGGAGGGGCUGAUGGCGAUUGUGGAGAGGCCGGUUGGUACUGUUGUGCAGCGGGUUGUUUGA